AUGGCUAUCCAAAGGGCAUCUUUUAUCGGACAUGAAUCUUUAGCCAACAAUUUCGACUUAAAGAAGCUUAGAGAUUUGAGUUUUCUGUUAAUGCAAGUCCAAAAACAACAGUUGUGUGAGAUUCCACAAGUGAAGGAAUCUGUUCAUGGAUGUGUGGAGAGAUUGAAUGUAGCAAGACAAGAAAUUAGUGAAGAAUUUAGAGAAAUGAGUGCAGAAGAGUUGAUGGCUUUCAUUGGUUCAGAUAGAAAGAAAAAGAUAUCUGAGUUGUUUGGUGAUGAUUUUCUUACAGGGAAGAAGAAGAAGACGAAAAGAUUUGGAUCUGUUUUAUUUGCGAUUUUUGAUUUCGGACUUGAGAUCUUGUUUUCUCUCGAGGUGGAUGAAUUGAAGAAGGGGGUGGGUGGGGUUCUGAGGAUUCAUUUUCUUCGAAGCCACACCAAGUGUAGUUCGGAAGUGUUCAUAGUGAAGCAUAGUGAAGCUUAG